AUGGAAGCCUCAUCCAUCUGGAAAGUAUCGAACCAUGGAGACUGCGACAGACACAAAGCGGAAGUGUCAAAGAGUGCCUUUAUGAACCUCGCUGUUGAGAAAUCCGUCCCGGUCAAACUUGAUGGCAAAGUCUUCACCACGUGGGCCGGAGCUACGAACGAGAGAGAUACAGGUAUGAAUUGCAUAGGGAUCCUCACUCUUGGCUGGUGCUAUAUCCUUUCUGCACGCCUCAUCGAACUCCGAGGAGAGGGUGCGUCUCUGGGAUAUACGGAAUCCCAGGCACAAUACGACCAUGGGACUUGCGUGGAAUCUUCAACCACAUCAAGCCUCGAUGUCGGGAAAGUGGAUGACGAUGUUGCUCGGUGGUGGUCCGCGAUACUUGCCCCAAAGAAAGGCUGGAAGGCAAUUGUGACAGACGAAUCUCUUUUCUGGGUGGCCCCGUGGUGUAUCUCUCGAGAAUGCGAGAGGGCGUUUUCCAUCAAACACAACGCCCCAACGUCUGGCUCGGUCUCCACGCCUCUGUCCUCACAAAGAGCCUUUGAAGUGCUGUCUGAAUUUGCGCUGUUACACGACCUAGGAAGCGUUCACCUCCCAUCGCCAACGACAAAGAAACCAAAGGAAGAUCCAAACUUUUCUAUGAGGAGUAUUCCGCAAGCGUGGCUAGGAUAUAUCGGCGACAUUGAAUACUACAUUAGCUUGAGCUGCGCCCCAGAACGGAUGUUCGCGAUUCUCUGUGGGCCAUUCUGGGAACCUGAAGUCCCUUGCAAUCUCGUCAGUCCAUGGCUACAUCCGGCUUUGAAUGAAGUCACCACCAACUCGUCAACGACUACAGCUCAUGACCAAGAAACAGCCCAUGACCAAGAAGUCCUUGCUCUGCUUUGCGCUCUACGCCGCCCCAGUAUUGGUGCAUUGUGCAUCGGAGCUGCCAUCGGCGGCCUGAGCCCGAAAAUAAUUUCAAGUGUUGGGUCCGGGCAACUCCCAGUAGACCAGCAUGCUUUUGCCUGGACCGGCAGUCCUCAAUGUUUUCAUGACCUUCCGGGCAUGGGCCCUUACAGGUGUGAGGACUCGGAAUACAUCGCGAGACAAGAUUUUUGGCGCCUACUUCACCUUCCGACGACUGAUCCCGAGGAUUGGAAAUUUGACAACAGACCCUUUGGGGGCUGGGCGCCCUGUGGGAAGUCUCUUUCGGAAAACUGUGAUAUUCAAAUUGUUUUACAUCUCGAUUGUCGUCGACAUGAGUAUCAAUAUGACCAUUGGAGAUGGCACCUUGAAGACGGGUCUUUCUUGGAUGAUUAUGGAUUUUCAAGGGAUCUUAUGACGCCGGUGCCUGAAGGCCUCUCUGAUGUAAUUCAGAAAGCCACGCAGAUGACCUUUGAGAAGAAGGAUUUCGACGAUUAUCAAAAAGCGUCCAAAGGUGCUUCAUUCAAAAGCUUCAUCUGGCUAUUCAACAAGGGUUGUGGUGUGCCCUCCGAGCCAGUUUACCAAGAUGAUUGGAUCAAAAAAGCAUGGAAGAGGCGAGCAAGGGACGAACCAAUCGAAAACGAAGAUGAGGAGGAAUAUGAUAGCGAGUCUCAUGCCCGAGUUCAAUCAUGGGUUGACUCGAUUGACAUUUGA